AUGGCAAGUUUUAAUGAGAAGUUCAGGCCAAUUAGCGAAACUGUGCCAAAUAUUGAGUCAGCACAGAUACUCGCCGAUGCUGCGAUAAAUGAUAAAACGGCGCUUGGCUCUAACCUGGUAGACUGGGAUGGAGAAGAUGAUCCGAACAAACCAACAAAUUGGACUAGCAAAAAGAAAUGGGCAAAUGGUGGCCUUCUUGCGCUCAUGACGCUCAUCACUCCCUUGGCGUCUUCCAUGUUCGCUCCCGGUGUGGAAGAUGUAAUGAUCGAGUUCAAGUCGACAAGCCAAAUACUCGCCUCUUUCGUUGUCUCGAUAUACGUCCUUGGGUAUUGCGUUGGGCCUCUUAUUGUCGCGCCACUAUCUGAGAUAUAUGGUCGUGUCCCUGUUUACCAUGUCUCAAAUGUCCUAUUUGUCGUUUUCACAAUCGCUUGUGCCGUAAGCUCUAGUCUUUCCAUGCUGACAGUGUUCCGGUUCUUUGCUGGAGUGAUGGGUUCUACUCCAUUGUCAAUUGGAGGUGGAUCAUUUGGGGAUAUGUUCAAAGUCGAAGAAAGAGGUGCCGCAAUCGCCAUAUGGUCUAUGGGGCCACUAUUGGGACCAGUGAUUGGGCCUGUGGCGGGUGGUUUCCUAGCUCAAAGGGCUGGAUGGAGAUGGGUAUUUUGGGUAAUCACAAUCGCGGCGGGCAUCAUGACGGUGUUGAUGUUCUUCUGCCUCAGGGAGACAUAUGAAAUAGCGCUGCUCAAUCAAAAGGCUAAGCGUCUUCGCAAAGAGACGAACAAUCUUGAUCUCAGAUCCGCUCGAGACCUAGGCCUGCCACCAAAGCAGUUACUCAAGCAGGCUGCUCUCCGACCAAUGAAGCUUCUGAUCUUUUCUCCCAUCGUUCUUGCAUUGUCAAUCUAUAUCGCCUUCGUUUACGGCCUCCUCUAUCUUCUCUUCACCACUAUCACAUCUGUGUUUACCGAAGCCUAUGGCUUUUCUCAAGGCUUGUCAGGGCUUGCUUAUCUUGGCAUCGGAAUCGGAAUGAUGGUAGGCCUUGUACUGGUUGGCGGAUCGUCAGAUUUGCUCCUCAAGAAGCUAGCCGCGGCCAACAAUGGUGUCAUCAAGCCAGAAUACAGGUUACCUCCGAUGAUCGCCGCAGGGUUAAUUUUACCCAUUGGACUUUUCCUAUAUGGUUGGACCACCCAGUACCAGAUACAAUGGAUGGUUCCAAUCAUUGGAACAGCUCUUGUUGGAGUAGGGUUGAUUGGAAGUUUUAUCCCCACCUCGACAUAUCUUAUCGAUACUUUUGGAAUCCACUCAGCGUCAGCGAUUGCAGCAAAUACUGUGCUACGAUCGCUAUUCGGUGCUCUCAUCCCUCUAGCAGGACCGUCUAUGUACGAGGCACUGGGCCUGGGGUGGGGCAACUCACUCCUCGGGUUCAUUUCUCUGGCUAUGAUUCCAAUUCCAGUGCUGUUUUGGAAAUAUGGUGAGAAAUUGCGUACAAGCCAAAGCAUGAAAUUGUGA